AUGGCAGACGUCGUGAAGAGCAUCCUGGGAAGAUCCAAUCUCCAACCAAUUGAUCUUCUUGACCUUCCAAUUGUCGAUGAAAGCUUUUGUUUCCGGGGUUUCUACCUCGAUGUUGUACUCAAGAACGGCACAUACCUGGUCGAGGGUGUUUAUGUUGGUUCCAGUCUGGGGUACAAAGGGUACCUUGGGAUCUCCGGUUGUGUCGCCUUUCACCAAAGGUUCUCAUUGAGAAAUUAUAAGUACCUGCCAAGAGAUGUUAAGUGUCACCAUUAUAGUGUAGCCUGCAAAGACUAUGUCACUCCACACUUCCGAAUAGUCUCACUAUUUGAAGUGAUCCGUGGCAACGCGCUUGCAACAAUUCUCGCUGAGCAAGUGCUUAUGAUAUACCUCUCAACAGUGGCACGGGCAUACCCCAAUCAGCUGAAUCUCUUUAACGAAAGCAGGAAUGGAAUCCAAGAUCUUCCUGACUUCAGUGACAUCGGUCUGAACAGGGCCCUACCCUUAGCCCAAAAUCAACAUUGGUUACCUUGCAAUAGGAUCAUUUAUCAAGGAUGGUUGAAUGGGAAAAACCAAGAGGACCAAGUUUUAAAUGUGGCCGCCCAUUCACCAAUCUGCCAGAUGAAAAGAGAUGGAAAGGCUUUUUCGAAGCGAGACGUUGCGCUGCCUGUUGGCUCCGUUGAUAUAAGCACAAGGAGAACUGCCCCGAUCUCAUUACUGACGCAAGGAUGCACGAGGUCUUGGGUUGGCUGGGGCAACCCUGAUGUUUACCUGCAUCUAAGAACUCACGGCAGCGAUAACAAUAGCCCGAAAUAUGGGCAGACGGCGGCGGGUCAUCGCAAGUGGGUAGAGAAGGGGCACGACGAUGUCUAUGGAACAUGUCGUGUACCUAGUCCGAUUGAUAGCCACCUCGUUGGAGGGAAAGGCUGGAAGGCAGCAUCUAAAUGCCCGGCCUGCGCUCGCAAGCCAACCAAGAAAGAAGAUGAGGAGUGGAUGGAGCUGUAUGGGGAUAUCAGCGCAAUAUGUGGUGUAGACCGCGAGUAUACCAUUUCCAUAAUGCGCCGCACGGAGAAGAGGGCUUGUGCUCUCCUCCAAACCAGGAAAAAAAGGGAUAAAACAUCUGACGAGGUCGAUGAAGGCGCCUCCCAAGACUAG